GGAUGUUUGAGAUAUUCGGCAGACUCCCGAUAAUUCAGUUUACGAUGUGUCUGUAUAUUUACUGCUGUGAAUACUUGUAGAGGUUUAAAUUACUUCGUAGGGAUAUAGAUACACAGUUUAUGUUGUGGACAUUGGAACUAGAACACUCCACUUCUGUAUACAUCCUACGUUAUGAUCAUUUUCAUAUCGUGACAAACUGUAUUUGUCGUUUAAAGUGAGGAAUUGACAUCAUAACCUUCCUGUCAAUUUCCAUGUCAGUAGAAUCCUGUGUUUGAUACCUGGAAUCAUUACACCAGCUAUGUCUUUCUCUAGACAAGCGGGAAAGCAAUAUCCUGGACAUGAAUUACCUGUUGAAUUUUCAGAUAUUCCACCGCCGCUCCCUCCGCGAAAACCUUUAGCCAGUCGAGUACAGCAUUUGGUAAAACAAUAUGAACCCGAUCAAUUCAAAUGCAGAAUUGCAGAAUUGUUGAUGAGCUCUUCCAACGAUGAUGUCACUGAUUCAUCAACGACAGACUCAUUUACCAGCCUUAUAUAUGAUUUCGACAUUGCAGAAUGCUCACUUAUGAAUAUUAGUGACAGUUCGGAAAACGAUUCUGAUAUCGAAAUAGACACGGAUUUACCAAAUACUCUUGACGAUUAUUUUGAAAAUGAUAUGUUUCGAUCGGAUCCAAAGAAUUUUACACCAGAAUUUCGUGAGGAAAUUACAACACAGAGUAACAAGGUACCCAUUAUGACGGAAGAGACAAAUUUCAAAUUUCAACCUCAUCCUACAACAGACUCUCUACAGUUGUCAAUGUCUAAUUUACCUGAAAUGGAAAAGCCGGAAGGCCCCAGAGGGCUAAAUCACUACUUCCGACAAGACAGUAUUUUCCAUGUUAACCAUGAGGCGCCUCACAGGAACAAAACAGACAAUGAAGCGUCACAUGGGAACAAAGCAUGCAACUUUCAGAAUAACGUAAAUGAAUCUGAAGACAACAAUAGUAAUAAUUGUGAAAUUGGAAACGCUGCAUCUUUUGAAAGCUAUGGAGGAUACCAGGAUACUCCAAGCGCAUAUGAUAUAUAUCUAGAGAAACUCAGGGAAUUUGAACUAGAAAGGAACAAACUAGAACAGCUUUUGUGGAAUAAAAACAACGCACAGAAUCUUGCAACUACUAGUCACAGGAAGUUGUCCUCUCAGCGAUCUGUCAGUGAAAGCAACGUUUUUGAGUCGGUAAAUUGUGAAGAUAUCCAAUUAAAUCAGUCUCCUGAUGAAGACCGUUCAAACCAAAAUGACAAAUUUGAAAUGGCACAAUUAUUAAGCACAGACGACAUCCAAAUCAAGACCCGAUGUAAUAAAGUCAAGCACGGUGCGGUUGGCAUGACAAAAUUUCCUAGCCUUGAACAUAUCACACUCAGGGCUAAAGCACCUUGGACUAAUAUGAAAAAUAGUGAACCAUCGACAAAGCAUGAAAUCAAUGUAAAUGCACGUGCGGAACUGUCAUGCCCAUGCCAUUUGUCGUGUAGGCGUGUUGGAAGGAUAGUUGCUACACAUGAUGGUCAGAUAUGGGUAUCCUUCACUAAAUGUUCUUGGGUGACCUUGUAUAACCUGCGACAUGUGAGCGAAUUUACGGUCAAUACUCAUAGUGGUUAUGUGGAUAGUCUUGCAGUAUCAAAGACCGGAUGUCUCUUCAUAGCCUGUCCUCUACAGAGAAGGAUUCUUAAACUGUCAAAAAACAAGAAGUUGACGGUACUCGGCGUCUUUGACUCACUGUAUCCAAGAGGACUCGCGGUAUCACCAGAUGACGACACUGUCUUUGUCUGCAUGGCGCCACAUCUUGAGGGUCGCGAGAUGGGUGCUCCUUCAAAGGACAGCUGUCUGAUGCGCUUCGCGGGGCAGGAGCCAAACGAAUCCCGGACAAUUGUCAACAUGGAUAGCUAUUUCGGAUAUCCGAUGAAAGUAGUCAUUAAUGUGAAUGGGGUUUUAUUAGUGUCAGAUUUUGGUUUGAAAUGUUUGUUUGUUUUGGAUAAAGGCGGACAUAUGUUGCGGACAUUUUCCUUGUUAGGGGGAGCAGGUCUGUCUCAGGUUCAUGCUCUUGCGUGUAACCCUGGUAACUCAUUCUUCGUCGUCCAAGGAGGAAGUGGAACGCUUUCGAUCACAGAACUAGUUGAUGGCGACCUAGGGAUAUUUGAGGAGAAGUCGACAUCAAAGAAGGAUGUAAAAUUGAUAAAACGAAACGUUGUGACAUCGUCAAUGGUAAACGCCCGUAAGAUAGCUUUAGCAUCUGGAAAUGCUAUCAUAUACGUUUCCCUCGUGUAAAUAUUGACAUGAGAUACAGGACUGGAUUGAUAAAUCUUGGUAGCUUAAAGUCAUUAUCAUUGUAAAAUAUCUAAGCUGUUGACAGAAAAAUUGUAUUUCAUAAAUCAAUGGCAAUGGUGAUUUCGGGGGUGGUUCAGAUCGCAUUAGUAGGCCAAUUUGCGUCUAAAAGAGAUUUUGGUCGCUAAACACUUGAAACCAAAUGCAUAAUGUACACUUUUCAUAACCUAAAUAUCUCAAACAUGUUGCCACUGAAGCAUGCAUGUUUAUCUCAGUAAUAUUUUACCGUCCCUUGGGAGUGCAUUACUGACCGUUCUGCCCCAGUGUUCCGCACCAGUUAAUAACGAUUAAGCCUACCUCUGUAUCCCUGAUCAGUCGGUCCUUGUUCCCGUUUUAUUGUCAAAAAAUUGAGCCAUUUUAGUAACCACCAACUGUCGUCAUAUCGGCUCGACUGUGUAUUAAGAUUUCAUCCAUGAUCAAAGUUUGUUCCGGGAGACUAUUCGAAAAAUACCGACCUCUUAAUCUAUCAACGUUGUUCAAUUAAAUACAAACUAAAUAACAUGAUGUUAUUAAUAAUGAAUAAAAUUACUAACAUGUUUAUCAUAUUUUUAA